AUGUCAAAUGAGUUAUACCUUGGCCAAGCAGCACUCGUCGCCUACCUCAACAGCAAGGAUCCGUCUAACUGGUCCUUUUUUGACUUUCUUUCCUCAAAUUUCGAAGUGAUCGUUAAUUCGCCACCAGACACCAACGAUAUUAAGGGUCUUGCUGGCACUUGGUUAAAACGUUACAAACUCGAAGUAGAGGCAAUAGGUCACCAAGUUUAUAAGAUCGCACGACAACAAAAUGUUGCAAUUUUGAAGUCGAAGGCUAAGAUUAUUGCGGACGAGCAAGGUAUUAACCUUGUGGGCGCAUCAUGUGGAUUUUACGGACCCGAAAUUAUUGCAGAAUAUUCACAUAUUCAGCCAAAUCCAAAGCGUGACUUGAAUGACGACGAACAUAUUGAAAGCGAUCGAUUUUUAAAGAAAAAACGAAGUGCGGACGAUUAUGGAUCAACGCCUCCAAACAAGAUCAGAACUAUCAACGAAGGGUCUUCUCAACGAAAAAGAUACGAUAGUGAUUCACCACCCCGCGACGAAGAUUAUUUCUCAUCAGACUCUGACUCCGAGAUUGUACCUGUUUCUCUUACGAACGUCUUUCUUGCAACUUCCAUCGAGCAUGAAAGGAAUCUAGACCAAACAGCCGAAUUGGAUACAUCUUUAAUAUCAACAAAGGAAGCGGAAGUUAAGAGUCGGAAAAGCAGAAGACCAUAUAUCACUCGUGAUAUAGCGGAGGAAGUUCUCAAGAAAUAUCAAAUGUGUGUUUUGGCGGGCAAGAAGUUAACAUACAAUGAUGUAGACGUGUUGGAUUUUGUUCGCUCAAACAUGAAUAAAGAUAAGGCCACAAAAAGCCCUCUAUGUAUUGGUGUUAUUAACGUCCAUAAUCCCGACUGCACCAAGUUUUUACCCGACGACUUUAAACGUUUUAUUGCCAACCAACUUCAAGACCAAGACUCCGAGAUCAAGGCUGUCUGUUUUGCUACUGAACAAAGCAUCGAUAAGUUUGUGGUGGAUUGUGAGGAAGAGGUAUUGCAAUUCUUGGAGAAGUUCAGUGAUAUAGGGGAUUUGGAGUCUUUGGCAAGAUGUCUAAAUGAAAAUCCGAUCGAUAUGUCCAACGCGUCGAACGACCUUAUUUUUGUGCGGACUCUCUUCGAUCAUUUCUUCUUCUUAUACAAGAACGACAUUCUACUACAGCCCAUGUCUGAAAGCGAGCUUAAUGCGUAUGUUUGGACUCCGUUACUUAGGAAUGCCUUUCUCGGAAAGGAUGAUAUGAAAUUAAGUUGUGGGGAGCUAGCUUCUAAGUCAUACGAAAAACUCAAAGAAAUCCUAAACAUUGCUGGUCGUAGUGCUCCAAAGUUAGAUGGUAAAGGAUUCCUUAAAUCUUUAGGCACCGAAAUCCUUGCUCAAGAAGACGGUGUCCUAAACACCCACAGCAAAAGGACAGGUGAUCUCCGGAAAUUAGAGUAUUGCUCCAAAGUGAUCCUUACAACCCUAUUCUUUGCGCUCCCCUCUGCCGCCAAAGCUGAUAUCACGAAAAUCGAAACUUACAAUCUUCAAUCGAAUGGAUUUCAUCUCAAAAUUUCUGCAUCGAAGUAUUUGUUUGAAGAUACCAUUGUUACAAUGGAUUUACAGCAUGUGGAAGUUCCAAGGACCGUGGAGGGAUUUUCUAAGCUGGUGGUUGGUGCAAAAACAAUUCUGUCUUGGAAGGCGCGGACUAAGAAUAAUACGAUGACUUUUUAUGAGGCAUUGAGGAAAGGUCAUAAACGCCUAACAAAUGGGGCCUUUUUUUCGCCAAUAAAGAUAUCUGUAUAG